UCUUACUUUAUCGUCUAGCGGCGACAUGAUGAAUAAAAUACAACGAUGAUAUAAUGAUCGCGUUCUGUGUACGCUUGAUCAGUCAGUAUCUGUAGUGACAGCAUGCGGAGCGGUCUGGUGCUGUGUUUGUGCCUGUGUCUGGGCGCGCGGGGCGAGGGCGGCGAGCGCGAGGCGCGCCUGGUGCGCAGCCCGCAAGGCCCGGUCAAGGGCUACAAGGACCCCGGCGACAGCAUAUUCGUCUUUUACGGGAUCCCCUAUGCCACAGCGCCUACGGGAGCUGACAAAUUUAAGGCGCCUCUUCCUGCCUCAGCAUGGUUAGACCCUUUGGAAGCCGUAGAUGAUACUAUUAUAUGUCAUCAAGCCACGCUUAAUAAUACUACGAUCCCAAAUAAGAUCGAAAAAGAAAACUGUCUCGUGGCAAAUGUUUUCGUCCCUGACACUGACCAAAAAAAACUACCAGUUGUAGUAUAUGUGCGGGGAACAUACCAACGCGGCUUUGGAAAUCUGUUUCUACCCAAAAACUUAGCAAGAAGCAAGAAAGUCAUUGUAGUAACAUUCAACUAUCGCCUCGGAGUUCACGGAUUUCUUUGUUUAGGCACUGAAAAGGCACCAGGAAAUGCUGGAAUGAAAGAUCAAAUAGCACUUUUAUAUUGGGUCAAAAAGAAUAUAGCAAGCUACGGGGGAAACCCAGAAGAUGUGACCCUCGCGGGCUACAGUGCCGGCUCCUCGGCCGUCGAACUGUUAAUGAUUUCACCUGCUACAAAAGACUUAUUUAAUAAAGUGAUUCCAGAAAGUGGGUCUAACUUAGCCACUUUUUNUAAAAUGACGUAG